UCAGACUUUCUCUCCACCCAACGAGAUCUGGGAUGGAGGUGCAAAACAUGAGCCAGACAGGGAAGGACUUAGCAAAUCAUUUCAAUUCUACUCCUCUGGAGAAAGCCGGAGCAAGUUUGUGAAAAAAGUUCUCUGAAGAGGUUUCUUUCCCCCAUUCCCUUCUUUUUUAAAAGAAUAACUCAGGAGCACAGCUGGAUAGACUGGGUGCUCCUGAACACGACAGAGAAUACGGGAGACCACAUGCUGAAUGAGAGAGACUUCUUGGCCCCAAGUGCAGGAAGAUUUUUGGGAUUGUUUCUGGACAACUGUGCGUUUUGGAAUUGGAUUGAUUUUUCCCACAUUCCUCAGCUGUUCUAGUAAUGGUAAAGAGUUUAUCGAUUCCUGAAAGUUGUUGAAUUUUGAAAACAUCCAUCCAUGGCUCCGGACAAACAACAGGGACUGAGAGGACUUCUGAAAUGAAUUUUCUGAACUUGUAUGAAGAUGUCCAUUUUACAAGAAAGUGAGAAUUAAUUUUUUCCCAAAAGAAACAAAGUUUUUUUUUUUUUUUCUUUCUGUAACUCACCUCCCUGGAAUCUGGCUUGAGCCAUUUUUAAAAAAACUUUCAGAAGACCACCAUGAGGAAACUACCCUCUCUCUUCUGUUGGUGUUUGUGGAUGCUUUUUUUGUUUUUGGAAAAGCAGGUAUCUGGAAAUUAUCCUCAAACACAGGGACAUCCAGGGUUCCAGGUGUUAGCAUCCGCUUCUCAUUACUGGCCACUGGAAACUGUGGAUGGAAUUCAUGAGCUUCAGGAUACAACAAGAGCAUUAAGAAACCACAACUUCACUGUGCUUACCUCCCAUAAUUCUACCUUUGUAUAUACCAAUGACUCUGCCUACUCUAACUUCUCUGCAACCGUAGACAUUGUAGAAGGGAAAGUCAGUAAAGGCAUUUACCUCCGAGAGAAGAGAGGAGUGACGUUACUGUAUUACAAAACCUCUUGCAUUAGUAACCCGGCCCAAUGUGAUCCUGAAGGAGUCACGUUUUCAUUUUUCUGGAAGACCCAGGGAGAGCAGCCCAGGACAGCCUUCCCAGCCUAUGGCGGGCAGGUUAUUUCCAGUGGAUUCAAGGUCUGCUCCAGUGAAGGAAAAGGCUUUGUGGAGUUUUACACCCGUGAGAAUUCCAUGAAGUGGGAGGCCAGCUUCAGCCCACCAGGUCCCUAUUGGACUCACAUCCUAUUCACGUGGAAAUCCAAGGAAGGCCUGAAAGUCUACGUCAAUGGGACUCUGAACACCACUGACCCAAGUGGGAAAGUAUCUCACGCCUAUGGGGAACCCAACGUCAACCUGGUGAUCGGCUCUGACAGAGACCAGCCUAAGAAUUAUGAGAACGGGGCUUUUGAUGAGUUCAUUAUUUGGGAACGAGCCUUGACACCCAGUGAAAUCAGGAUGUACUUUACAGCUGCCAUCGGAAAGCAAGUAUAUCUUUCUACCACACCUCCCACUGCUGCAACCAACAUGAAGGUCUCUACUGAUGUCUAUUGUCCCAUCAUAACCAACCUGAAUGAACAAAGAAGCAAUUCUGAGCACGAAGGGACCUUGCUGAGCUACCUUCAGAAUAUGUCAGUCAGCUUGCCCAAUAAGUCUUUGUCGAAGGAAACUGCCUCCAAUUUCACUGAGACCUUCUUAGAAACCAUAGGAGAGGUGCUUGUCCCAAUUUGGACAGAUGAACAUGAGCAAUCUUCGGCCGUGGUGGGUCUGAUUGACACUAUCGACAAAGUUCUGUGGCACAUAGCUUCCAAUGUGCAAACGUACAAGGUCCCCAUUACCAUCGAAGGCUCAUCUUCAGUGGCAGAGUAUUCGCUGGCCAAAGUGCCCCCCGAGACAAUGACUUCUCAUCACUACCGCUUCCCCACCCAGGGACAGAGCUACAUUGAGAUUCCUCGGGAGGCCUUCCAUAGCAAAGCUUGGACUACCAUUGUUGGUCUCCUCUACCACACAAUGCACCAUUGUUUCAACAACAUCCAGCCUGCUGACACGAAGAUUAUUGAGGCAGCCAACUACAAAAGACACUUGAUAAUAGCUACCAGUCACCUUAUUUCUCUGAAGGUAGAACCACCACCGAUGCUAUCCCAGAACUUGUCAGGAUCACCUCUGAUCACUAUACGGCUCACACACACCCUGAGUCGGGAGCAAUAUAACGCCGCAACAAAUAAAAGCAACCGGGUUUUUCUUUACUGUGCGUUUUUGGACUUCAGCUCUAAAGGAGGCGUCUGGUCAAAUCAAGGCUGUGUCCUUACAGAAAGAAACCUCAACUACUCCAUCUGCCACUGUAAUCACCUCACCAACUUUGCUAUCCUGAUGCAAGUGGUCCCUCUGGAGGUAAGAUCCCUGAGGGUUAGCAGGCUCAAUGGGCCUGGCAUCUCUCUCGGCCCAGCAAAGGUCAAUUGCUUAGAGAUGAGUGAUGGAGGAGCUUGUAACAAAGCAGGAGGCUUGAUCAUCUGGGGCUCUGAUCUUCAUGGGGACAUGGAAUUGGAAGGACUGCUGGUCAGAGGUCAUGCUUUUAGCCACAGUCAGACACGAGCGGAUGCCGCUUCUGGCCGACACCUACCCGGCGGCGGCCGGAAGCAGCUUCGCUUCGGCUUUGUCUGGAGCCGCUACGUCCGCUCGCGGGGAGAAACCGCCCGCGGCGGAUGCGCCUCCGGCCGCCCCAGCGGGGCCGCUUUCCUUCUCAAUUGGGUGAAGGCGACUGCACGUUCCUCGAGCGGGAGCGAGGCCGCGUCUGUUUCAGGGGGUGAUUGCAGGCCAAGCGGCCCGCGGGACGUGGCCGCCCACGCUCCUCCUCGCUCCCUGAGGCCGUGGGCCGGCCAAGAAGGCUUUUCUCCUGGGACUCUGCGAGCCUUUCUCGGCGGGGUUUGGGGCUCUGGGGGGCGCUUCCAGGAGGCCAUUAUGAAGGGGAGCCCCAAAUUUCCCUCCCGCGGUCUCCUUUGCGGGUCUAUGGAGACAAAUGAUGCCUUGGAGGACUUGCUUUAUCUUUUCCCUUCCAGCUCAGUCAGUACCAUUCGAAACCAGCGCUACCAUAUCCAUGCCAACUUGUCCUUUGCUAUUCUGGUGGCCCAGAUCUUACUUCUCAUCAGUUUCCGAUUUGAGCCGGGAACAAUUCCUUGCAAAGUCUUAGCGGUUCUGCUCCACUUCUUCUUCCUGAGUGCCUUCGCUUGGAUGCUGGUGGAAGGCUUGCAUCUUUACAGCAUGGUGAUCAAGGUGUUCGGCUCAGAGGAGAGCAAGCAUCUCUACUACUAUGCCAUUGGUUGGGGUUCUCCACUUGUGAUCUGCAUCAUUUCUGUAUCCUCCUGUAUGGACAGUUAUGGAGAAAAUCGAAAUUGCUGGUUGUCCUUGGGAAAGGGAGCCAUCUGGGCCUUUGUGGCCCCAGCUCUGUUCGUCAUCAUGGUCAACAUUGGUAUUCUCGUGGCUGUGACCAGAGUCAUCUCCAGAAUCAGCGCAGAAAACUACAAGGUCCAUGGAGAGGCGAAUGGUUUUAAGUUGACAGCCAAAGCAGUGGCAGUCCUCCUGCCCAUCCUGGGGAGUUCCUGGAUUUUUGGUGUGCUUGCUGUGAAUAACCAUGCCAUCGUGUUCCAGUACAUGUUUGCAGUGUUGAACUCUUUACAAGGAUUUUUCAUCUUUCUAUUUCACUGUCUCCUGAAUUCUGAGGUGAGAGCUGCCUUUAAGCAUAAAACCAAGGUUUGGUCCCUCACCAGCAGUUCAAUUCGCAACAUCAAUGUGAAGCCCUUCAACUCUGACAUUAUGAAUGGAACCCGACCAGGAACAACACCCACCAAACUCAAUACUUGGGACAAGAGCAGCAACUCAGCCAACCGGAUCGACUUGUCAGCGGUUUGACCCAGGGGCAACUUCCCUUCACCUUGAAAAGCCUGCCAUGUCCUUGGGGCUCAGCCCCCACCAGAGCCCCACCCUGAUAUUCUCACAGAUAUUGUUAGUAGGAUCCUUUCUCCUCAUCACUGCCUGGGAAAUGGAAACUGGCUGCCUUGCUUGUCGGGUAACUGGUCAUCUUCUUAAGUUCACUCUCUUGUAUUUAAUGGAGCUCACCCCCUGACCAUUAGCAGAAUAACUCUUGCCCUGGUGUACACUGGAUAGCUUGCUCAGUGAUGAGAACAGUGGAUAGAAGGAAAGAACAAAAGGACCCUCCCCACACCCAUCCCCGCAACGCUGCUGUCUGAAGCCCAGAGUUUCAUGGCUACUAGGAACACAGGCUUCCGGAAGGACAUGCUUCUGAAAGAAAAAAAUGAAGAAAAACUUCUUGUUGAUAGUCUGAAGUCAAAGUCAUUGCUUCUUUCUGCAUUCUCCAUUUGUACCUGAGGAGUCCAAUCAUCCCAGGGAUGAAUACACAGAAUACCAAAGACAGAGGCAAAGGAAAGGGAAUCCAUCUGAAUACCCUAAAUACUCUGCCCUGAAAAGAGAGAGAGCUCUGUUCAGCUUUUCAUACUGUACUGGAGACUCAAAGCCAAGAAAACUAUGACUUCUGCUCUCAAGAUAUAAAUGCAUUUAGUAGCCAGCCAGUCUUAGGCAGAUAAUAGGUGUUUUAUGAGCUACAGUCUAUGUGGGAUAUCAUAUGUACAUACAUCUACACAUUCACAGCCAGUGACAUUUACAUAAAUCAGCUCAUAUUAUCUUCAAAUCUGUGCAGAAUUAAAGCUUGCUUCAGAAAUCACCAGCUUUGAUGAUACCCACUCUGUUUUCCUGAUUGCCUUCCUUCUUAACCAUCUGUUGACCCUUAGGUUUGCCUAGAGAUUUUGCCAAUCAGAACCUUCCAGUUGUAGCUACCUUUAUCCAUGAAAAUAAGGACUCCCUGAGGGCAGCAAUUGUUUUGUUUUAGUCUUUCUUAUCUAUCAUUCAGUGCCCAACACAGUGCCUUACUCAAGGUAGGGUUUGAGUUAAUGUCUGUUCAUUUUUCCUUGCCCCAUGUUUCUCAGGACUUAUGAAUAUUAAAUGUUGUCGGGAUAAUGGCAUCCAAUUUUAAAAUAAUCCAGCAGCAAAUAAUAAAGUUGAUAAGAUCACAGCAAAACGGGUAGUUUCCAUAGCUUGCAGUCAUAGAUGCCUUUGAAAUGAUUGGAAAUUCGUGUCAACCUUCACCUGUGUGCUUUGAAUAAAUCCUGUGAGAAUAGAACCUGUGAGGCAAAAGAGACAGAAUGUUUUUAUUAUAACGUUUUCCAGUGGCUUCUGCCACCCAUCAUGCCCCUGCCAUGAGAUUUUACUGCUAAACACAUUCUGAAAUUUAUUUCCCACCAGUCACCACCAGGGGCAUCUGUCACCCAUUUUUUGAGUGGCUAUAUAUUAAAUCAUUGUCAUGAGCAGAGCUUUCAAAUUACUCUAAAUGACCAUUAAAUAUUGUAGAUGAAUUUUGAUCUUGGAGUCUAGAGCCCUGGGUUCAAAUCCUCCUUCUUAUACUUCCUAGUUUAUGCCCAAGGCAAGUCACUUUUCAAAGCUUUUGUUUCCUAAUUCAGAUGAAAAUAUUAAUUGAAUAUAUAUAGUUCAUGAUAGAGAGACUUCUGGGAUCAGAGUAAGGGAGAUUUGGUUUCAAAUCCCAUCCCUGAAUCUUACUAUUUGUGUAAUCCUGGACAAUCAUAUAACUUAUCCCCAGCUCAAUCUCCCCAUUUAUAGAACAGGAAUAGCUAUACCAAUAAUGUUUGCCUAUGAGGAUCAAUGAGCUUAUGUAGAAUACCUUGCAAACCUGCUAUUCUUAAAGGGCUAUUUAAAUGUCAAUUAUCAUCAUGAUCAGUGUCAAAGUCUCCCUCUAACUAAGUAGUGAAUCCAUGAUAGGUCAAGUCUUUGAGACUGUUCUUCCUUUUCAUUUGGCCAACAGGACCAGAGAAGGGGGAGGGACAGUGGAGUAUGUGAUGUGAACAUGGCUGCAUCUUCUGCUGUGAACGUGAACGGGUUGGCUUUGGCUCAAUCCUUUUGGAAAUGGCAAUAAUUGUUACAAUGAUCUCUAUGGGAUGGGCCCUCAUGGAAAACAAGGGCUUUAUCAAAUAAGUGUGAUCCAUUGGGAAGUGUGCAAACAAAAUACCAGAGAAUCAUACUGUGAUGACGGAGCUCCAAAUGUUUAUGAAACGUAUGGGCAAGAUAUUUAAACCUAUUUUUGAUACUAGAAGAUGAUUUUUUUUUCAAACUGUGACCAUGGAUGGAGAUUGGAACCCAUUCCCUUUUCCUCUUUUUGCUGUAUGACAAGACAAGUAAUGUUAGGGGUGAAAUGAAUGAGUCCAAUUCAGUAAGUUAUUAACAAUUGUAUACUGUGUUUUCGUUUUUGCAUGCUUGAUUCUUUCUUGUUGGUUGUAAUGCAUAGGAUAUAGCGCAGACCCCUCAGCAAUGUGGCAAUAAGUGUUCAAUAAACUUGAAGAAUAUGCCAUUCUGUUGGUGAGAUUGUCUCCCCCACUGACGCAAAUCACAAUCACGCUGUAACUUAUCGUUAAGUAUUUCUAUGAUUAUAAAAAAUAUUAUCACUUGGGGCCAACCGUGAAGGUCAAAUAUACCAUUGUUUCAAUGAGUCUAUUUUCUCCUCCAUAUGGACCUUCUUCCUCUCAGUUGGGAGAAUAGGAACUCAUCCAUGGUUGACCUUUCUGUACGACUCUGCUCCAUGAUUUCCAGAAAAUGAGCUGACUGUAGGGAGGUGCACACUCAUGUGCUAAGGGUCUUCUUCCCCUUGAUAUUGUUUGGACAAUCAAUGGAGUGCCGAGGCUGUUCAACAAUGAUAACCCCAGUCUUGCAAUUACAACCAAGGAAAUAUAAUCAUAAACAAAUGUUAGUUUUCCAUUAAGGGGCAAAUCUUGUUUUAUCCAGGAUGGAUAGUAUUUGUUUUAAUGCAGCCCCCUAAUGUAUAUUCAAUAAAUGAUGAAGAUAUGACUUAUUAUACUUUGCAAUGUGACAGAUGAAUUAAAAGGAGGGGCAAGGUGUUUCCUGUGUUUGCUGAGACCUUGUUGCCGUAUCUUCUCAAGGUCUCUUCCUGCUUUUAAUUUCCCUCACUCUAUGAUUCAAUGAAAUAGAUUUUUUUUUUAAACUGUCUAUCCCAUGUGUUUUGCCCCAUAGCUUGAGAUCGGAAUGGCUUGUAAAGAAAUAGUGUAUUCUCAUUAUGUGUGUGAGUGAACCUAGAAGUUAGAACACUGUAUUAUGACUUUGGAAGUUGGAGUUUUUGCUUCUUUAGUUUAUUAUUAGUCAAAAGAUAGUAAAGAUGUGAUCUUGCCUCAGCUUGAUUCUGUUUUUUUGGUCUAAGUCUUAUCUCCUCUUCUUUUCACCGAGUCUGGCUGAUGUACCCAGAGACAAACAAUCAGUUCAGAUUUUCUAAACCUUUCUUUCUUAAGAAAUAAAAAUAGUGCAAUGUAUUUAUGGGGUUGUAUAUUUGGGCUUCUGCUAUAUUUCAUCAGUGAAACAUAAUUUGGCCAAAGAUGAAAUUGUAAUCGAAGGAAUUGUGACUUUGUAAUAGAUUACAUCACGUAAAUGGUAAUAAAUGCCAGUAAGGCAUAAAAUUAUGCUGUUUUUUUUCCAAAUAAAAAUAAGUCUUCAUUUUCUGUUA